AUAUUUAGAUAACGGUCAACCAAUAUUUCCAAAUUCCAAAUCGCCAUCCAUACUCGUGUCAUCAAUCAAAUCCCUCAUUUUACUUCUUUGAGCAUCCAAAAACUUACAUUGAAUGGCGUGCCUUAAAAUAACACCUUGUUUAGAAAGAAAAUUUAAUGGAAUAAACAAAGACAUUACACCCGACCCGCCAUUAACAAUAUCCAAUAAUUUAUCUCCACGCCAUUACCGCAACCUUUUAAUAAUCAAAAGUCAAGUUCAUUCAUUCAAUUAAUCUUAUCCAAUCUAAUCGAACCCCUCUUAUAGAAACCCAUCUAACAUUCAAAUUUAUUCUUGAUCUCACAAUCAACAUGCAAGAAAAAUCCCAGAUGAUGAAUCAAAUUUCAGAGAAAGAUCAAACAAUCAACAGAAGAAUCCAGCGGUUGAGAUUGCAUCUUAAUCCAAUCACCAGCAGUAACAAUGGAAGUUCUGCAUUAAUAGAGGUAGAAGGAUGCAAAGGAGGAGAGAAAGGGAAGAAGACAGCCAUUGAAGUAAAUUCUGAAGCUUUAACUUUUUAUAUGAGAGGGAAAUACAGAGAUAUACAAGAAAAAGUUUAUGAAUAUUUUAAAGGAAGACCAGAACUUCAAACCCCAAUUGAAAUAUCAAAAGAUGAUCAUAGAGAAUUGUGUUUAAAACAACUUCUGGGUUUGGUUAGAGAAGCUGGGAUUAAACCAUUUAGAUAUGUUGUUGAAGAACCUGCCAAGUAUUUUGCAAUUCUUGAAGCUGUUGGUGGUUUUGAUAUGUCUCUUGGGAUUAAAAUGGGUGUUCAAUACAGUUUAUGGGGAGGUUCAGUGCUGAAUCUGGGUACUAAAAAGCAUAAAGAUAAAUUCUUUGAUGGGAUUGAUAAUCUUGAUUAUUUGGGUUGUUUUGCAAUGACAGAACUUCAUCAUGGCUCAAAUGUUCAAGGCCUUCAGACCGUUGCAACAUUUGAUCCCGUCACAGACGAAUUCAUAAUAGACACUCCUAAUGAUGGGGCCAUUAAAUGGUGGAUCGGAAAUGCAGCUGUCCAUGGAAAGUUUGCUACAGUCUUUGCAAAGCUAAUGCUACCAACUCAUGAUGCAAAAGGAGUUACUGAUAUGGGUGUCCAUGCCUUCAUUGUCCCUAUUAGGGAUAUGAAUACCCAUAAGGUUCUCCCGGGGAUAGAAAUACACGAUUGUGGUCACAAGGUUGGCCUAAAUGGAGUGGAUAACGGAGCUCUGCGUUUUUGCGCUGUCAGAAUCCCGAGGGAUAAUCUGCUGAAUCGGUUUGGGGAUGUUUCACGUGAUGGCAAGUAUACGAGCAGUUUACCAACCAUCAACAAAAGGUUUGCGGCUACCCUAGGGGAACUUGUUGGCGGAAGAGUCGGCCUUGCUUAUUCUUCUGUUGGCGUUCUUAAGAUUGCUUCUACUAUAGCUAUUAGAUACUCUCUUCUAAGACAACAAUUUGGGCCUCCCAAACAACCGGAAAUAAGUAUUCUUGACUAUCAGUCACAGCAGCACAAGCUGAUGCCUAUGCUUGCAUCAACUUAUGCAUUCCACUUUGCUACCGUAAACCUCGUAGAUAAGUACUCCGAGAUGAAGAAGUCUCACGAUGAUGAACUUGUGGCUGAUGUACAUGCUCUUUCAGCUGGUUUAAAGGCAUAUGUAACGUCAUAUACGGCAAAAUCCAUAAGUAUAUGCAGGGAAGCCUGUGGAGGGCAUGGUUAUGCUGCUGUCAACAGAUUUGGAAGUUUAAGGAAUGAUCAUGACAUAUUUCAGACAUUUGAAGGUGAUAAUACGGUGCUUCUGCAGCAGGUUGCAGGGGACCUUUUGAAAAGAUACCAGGAGAAGUUCCGAGGAGGUACUUUUGCAAUGACUUGGAAUUACUUGAAGGAGUCAAUGAACACAUAUCUCUCUGUGCCAAACCCUGUGACUGUUCGUUGGGAAGGCGAAGAACAUCUUAGAGACCCACAGUUUCAGCUCGAUGCUUUCCGGUAUCGAACAUCAAGGCUUCUUCAAAGUGCUGCAAUGCGUCUCCGCAAACACUCAAGAACUCUUGGUAGUUUUGGUGCUUGGAAUAGAUGCUUGAAUCACCUUCUUACUCUGGCAGAAUCUCACAUUGAAACUGUAAUACUUGCUAAAUUCAUUGAGGCAGUUAAAAGCUGUCCUGAUGAGAGCAGCCGUGCUGCUCUUAAACUCGUCUGUGACCUAUACGCAUUGGACCGCAUAUGGAAUGACAUAGGAACUUAUCGCAACGUGGAUUAUGUAGCUCCCAAUAAAGCUAAGGCUAUUCAUAAGCUGGUAGACUACCUCAGUUAUCAAGUAAGGAACAUAGCAAAGGAGCUAGUUGAUGCUUUCGACCUUCCAGACGAUGUCACUCGUGCUCCGAUUGCAAGGCAGAGUCAAGCUUAUUCGCAAUACACACAACAUGUCGGAUUCUAGACGCAGGAACAGGAACAGGAACAGGAACAAGAACCGCAAAAUUAUCUUUUAUGGAGCACGGUAGAUGAAGAAAGCAAUAAUCGCCGUUAUGGCAGAAGGCACAUGUUAUAUGGCUUGGUGUAAAAUUCUCAAAGGCAAUGAUGCAAAGCCUCCACAUUUUCUUAGUAUUUUGUGAUAUUGAAUGUAUAUUGUGACAUUUUUUUUAAUAUGACAUUAUUUUUUCUCCAUUUAUAAGAAAUUGCUUCAUAGUUCA